AUGGGAGAUGCACGCUCUGCCAUUACUGUAGGUGCGUUAAACGCAAUCUUCAAUGAGCCAGACACACUUGAAUCCAAAUUUCCAGUACCAGUCUGCCAGUGUGUUCAGAUCAAAACCUUAGGGUCUACAGGAGAUGGCGUGCCGGAGAGGUAUAGACUCGUUCUGAGCGACGUCAACCAUUUCGUUCAAAGCAUGCUUGCAACUCAGGCAAAUCAUGUCGUACACGAUGGAAAGCUGAAGAAAGGAUCUAUUGUUCGACUCAAAUCAUAUCAGGCAAACGAAGUUAAAGGCAAAAAAAUUCUGAUCAUCCUCGACCUUGAAGUUAUCGAAAGCUUAGGCGAGUGUGAAAAGUUUGGUGAGCCAGUACCUCUUGCAGCGAAAGCACCCGAUGCGAAAUCGACAAGCACGACGAUCGCUGGAAAUGGAUUUUAUGGGAACAAGCCUGCAGCUCCACCUCAACAGUCAGAGCCGCAGCAACAUCAGUCACUACCACAACGUUCCGGUCCUUCGAGCUCUGCGUCACAUUCAAACAUAUAUCCUAUCGAAGCUUUAUCUCCAUACGCACACAAAUGGACUAUCAAGGCUCGAGUUACAAGUAAAUCAGACAUCAAGACAUGGUCGAAAGCCAGUAGUGAGGGAAAGCUAUUUAGUGUAAAUCUGUUGGAUGAAAGUGGAGAAAUAAAGGCGACUGGCUUCAACGCACAAUGCGACGCUCUUUACGACGUGUUCCAGGAAGGCUCAGUUUACUAUAUUUCAAGUCCAUGCAAAGUCAAUCUGGCGAAGAAGCAAUUCUCCAACAUCAACAAUGAUUACGAGCUUGCUUUUGACAAGGACACGAUCGUUGAAAAAUGUGAAGAUCAGAAUGAUGUGCCACAAGUACGAUACAACUUCACAAAUAUUGGCGCUCUGCAGGAAGUGGAGAAGGAUUCAACAAUUGAUGUCAUUGGUGUGCUGAAAGAGGUCAACGAUGUUAAUCAGAUUGUCUCGAAGACAACACAGCAGCCAUACGACAAACGUGAUCUCACCUUGGUCGACGACAGUGGAUACUCAGUGAAAAUGACCAUUUGGGGGAAGACAGCCACAAAGUUCGACGCCAAUCCUGAACAAAUCGUCGCGUUCAAAGGCGCCAAAGUUUCCGAUUUCAAUGGCAAAAGUCUGAGUCUGCUCUCUUCAGGUUCGAUGUCAAUCGAUCCAGAUAUCGCAGAAGCCUACAAACUGAAGGGCUGGUAUGAUUCGAAUGGUCGCAGCGAGACUUUCGCCGCUCACACCUCCACGGCGGGAGCUGCUGGUGGCCGCAACAAUGAGCUCAAGACUGUCGCCCAAGUCAAAGAUGAAAAUCUAGGCAUGAACGACAAAGAUGACUACUUCGCAGUCAAAGCAACAAUCGUCUACAUCAAACAAGAUCCAAUCUCCUACCCGGCUUGCGCGAGCGAAAAUUGCAACAAGAAAGUCAUAGAAGACAACGGAUACUGGACAUGUGCCAGUUGCAACAUCAACCACCCGAAACCCCAACACCGAUUCAUCAUGACCGUCAACGUUUCAGAUCAUACCGGCUCUUUCUACCUAAGUUGUUUCGACGAUGUCGGACGUUUGAUCAUGGGUAUGAACGGUGAUCAAUUGAUGGAAUUGAAGGAAACGGAUAAUGAAGCCGUGAACAAAGCGUUUGAGGACGCGAAUUGUAAAACCUAUACAUUCACUUGUAGGGCGAAGAUGGAUACUUAUCAGGAUCAACAGAGGGUCCGAUAUCAGGUUCUGAGAGCUGCGCCGAUUGAUUUCAAGCAAGAAGCGAGGAAGUUGACGGAGUUGAUUAAGGGUUAUAAUAUUGAUUAG